CCGAUAAACCAAGCCAUGUCAACAACAACCCACGUGAAAGAAAAUCAAUGGCAAACGAAGGAAGAAGAUAAUGGUGGAGUCGUGUCAUUUUCUCGUUCGCAGCUGCUCCUCUGCUCUUCUUCCCGCUCGGAGUUUUAUUAGCUUUCUGAUUGAAGUUCAUUCACUUAAAAAGACCCAAAUCGGAGUUUUGCAAUGCAAAGGCAGAACCGGAAUGUACUGCAAUGUAAAGCUUUAAUUAGUUUUGGAUUAAAUCCAAAUGAAGAACUCGAAUCGAGAAUCCCCAUUUCAAUUCCCCGCUGGUUGUCGUCAGAGAAAGGAAACGUUCGAUUGUCGAUUACAAGACCCGAAGUUCCAAGACAGCAAUUGUUGUUCAAGAGUAAAAUCAGAGUUACGGCUGGAAAUCAGGGGGAGUUGUUUGAUGAUGAUGAUGAACUUUGCCCUGUAGACUGUGUGAGGGAAUUCAAGACGGAUGAAGAGUUCCUUAAAAUUCUAGACAGGGCAAAGGAAAACGGUACUUUGGUGGUUGUGGACUUCUAUCGAACAUCUUGUGGGAGCUGCAAAUAUAUAGAACAAGGGUUUGCAAAAUUGUGCAAGGGGUCUGGUGAUCAAGAGGCGCCGGUUAUAUUCCUGAAGCAUAAUGUCAUGGAUGAAUAUGAUGAACAAUCUGAGGUUGCUGAACGACUAAGGAUCAAGACAGUGCCACUGUUUCACUUCUAUAAAGAUGGGGUCUUAUUAGAAGCAUUUCCUACCAGAGAUAAAGAGAGGAUUCUUACAGCCAUAAGCAAAUAUUCAUCUUCUGCACUUCAAAUUUGAUUUUAUGAUUAUUCUUCUGGACUUGCACCUUUUGUAGAAUAAUAGCACAGAAAACCAUAAAUCUGAUUCAAACUCCAUCCUGCCCUUUAUGUGAUGAUGAUGUGAGUUCUUGGGAGGAAUCAUAUUCUUGAUGAUCGUAUUUUGUGUAAAAGAAUCAGUGGUUUUGUCUCUGUAAUUUUUUCAAAUAUUAGAAGAUAUUCAAACAAUGAAACCUUCUCUAUA